UCUACGCGGGCAGCCGGCGCCGUUGCGUUGCCGGCAUGGCCGGAGAGUUUCUGCUGGAGAUCAGGCGGGGGACGCAGAGCGCGUUGCUGGUUAUCCGCGAGGCGGCCCUCCCGAGCUGGCCGGUGGACGUGUCGGUAGCGGCGGACCGUGUGGAAGUGCGGAGCGGCGGGAGCUGCGAGGCGGCGGCGCUGCCGGCAGAGGUCAGGCUGGCGCCGUCCUCCUGCCGCGGCCUGAGCCGCCUCCCCGGCGAGGGCCUGCACCUGCGCAUGCGCCUGCGCCGCCCGCCGCCCGGCGCCGAUUUGAUUUUUGCUUUGAGGGAAAUCCUGAAACCCCAGAAGAAUUAUAACUUUUACUGUCAAUCCUGUGGUGACAUCAUAGUUAAAGACCGGAAGUUUCUCAGAGUUCUUCCUCUACCAAGUGAAAACUGGAGUGCUUUAGUUGAAGAGUGGUGUUGUCACCCUAACCCCUUUGCCAGAAGCACUUUACACCCUCAGCAUGAUGACUGUUUUUCUGGAGACACGUUUUUUCUGUUGAAUUCAGGAAAUGAAUCAGAUGUGCCUGAACUUCCCAUGUGCUGCUCAGAGUCUGGACACCAUGCUUCUCAGAUUGACUCCAACUUGAAAUCAAAGGAAAAUACCAGAGUAAUUUGUAAGCGCUGCAAGACAAUGCUGGGAGAAAAAGUAUCAUCAGAUACCAUCAAAUAUUACAUCACCCAGGUAAUUUUUCGACCAUCUGAAGAAAGUUUCAGCCCAACACCAAGGUCUCAAUUCCUACAGAGCAUGGUUGCUCAGUGUCUUGUGGAAUUAUCUUCUGCCAAAAGCACAUUCAGAUUCACCGUAACAGGAGAUAAUGAAAAAAUCUAUAUUCUGAUAUGGCUUUUAAAUUCUGACACAUUGCUGGUGGAGUCUUUAGGAAGUUCCUUCUCCCACAAUGGUUUUACACAGUUUGGAGAUAUUUUCAUGCCUAGCUCUGGACCAGUGGGGACCUGGAAUGCAGUCAAAGUCCUUUACCAACCGUGCACUAAAAGCAGGAAUAAGGAGCUUGCUGAUGCAUGGGAAAAUGAUAUUGGAGUUCAUCCUUUAAAGUUCCCAUCAGAAACGUGUUUGGAAUUACUGCUAAUACUGGGUUUGAGUACCACUUCUCUGCCACCUUCUCUUCAAUGCAUGAACUCUUUUCAGGUUGCUUUUUUGAAGAUGUGAAGAAUGGAGAUACCUGUGUUGAAAACUAUUCUCAAAUUCAUUUUCAGCAGAAAUAAGCAGAUAACUUCCAAUGAUGAUCAACUGGUGGUACAAAGCAAAGUGGGAGUGUGUUGUGUUCUUCUUCAUAGCUUGAUAUGUUGCAAAACCACAGGCAGAAUUAACUUUUGCAUCCAGUACAUUCUUAGGUGUCAUUCUAAGACUGACUUAAGUAUCUCUCCUGUCACAUUCAGCUGGGAUGACUGCUAUGAUCUCUUUGUUGCCAAAAGGAUUAUCUAUGUAUCUUAGAACUACCUUUACCAGACAGCGUUUGAUAAGAAAAUUCACAACUAGGAGCAAAGAGAGAUUAAAACAUAUUUAAUGUAAUGGAUACUGUAAAUUCUUUACUUUGUUCUGGUAAAGCUAGAAGUCCAUCUUCAAAACAUAAAGUCUGGGUUUUGUCAAUGUUUCUACUUCAAAGUUUAUCUUUCUUCUUGAGAGACAAAGGAGACGGUUUGUCUGUUCCUACACCUCGUGUACAAUUUUUACAAGUUGUUAAUGUUCUGGAGAAUCAAGUUUUUAUACCUAUUUGGAAUAAUUAUUUCUGCAGCUCCAAAAGAGAGCAUAUAUAUGAAGGCUGUCCUUCCAGAAGCUGCUGGAGGUGAAAGGUGCUUGUAGAAUCUUGAUUAGUAGUCAACACAACUAGUCUUCUCUGUUGUGGAUGCCCACGUACCUUCCAGGAGAGCAAUAGUGCAGUAGAACACAGAAGCUGUUACCAUUUUUGGUUUUGGAGUGGAUUGUUCACUUAGUUAACAGCAAUUUUUACCUUCUCUUGUUCAGGAUGGUAUAAGUGUAUGGGCUGAGGAGCAGAAAAGAUGCCUCCUGGUAUUUUUGCGUCAAUUCCUGCUUAUUGGGAUGAGCAGCUCUUGAACUAGAAGGAAGUGAUACUUUAGUGUCAGCCAUUUCUCUUGGACUCCUCAUCCUUCCAGGGUCUUACCCCAUAUCUAUCUCUCUUAUGUUAAAACACUGCUCUUGGCAAAGCAGUUAUGUUCUGGAGUGGUUCAUCUGAGCUAGUGUGACACUUCUGUGUUCUCAAGAUAUAUUCAAAAAGGUAUCCAAACAGGAAGGAAAAAAAAGAGAGAGAGCCUGUUUGUAUGGGCUGGCUUUUUCAAAGUCUGUCUUUAAACUCUCCAAAGUAAUGUUGCCUUGUUCAAAAUCUGACAUAUUUUGGGGUAAUAGAUUCUGGAUGGAAUAUUCUUGUUAAGAAAGUUCUUUGCAAUUCCUGAAUGUCAAUGAACAUGUCCUUUAUUCUUGAAAAGAUCAUAAUGUAGGAAGUGACCCUGCAAAACGUUGGACACCUUCUCUGGGUGUUACACAUCUAGAGACAAGUAGCUGGGGCCUCCCAGCACUCACUCUGGAUAUAAUAUAUAUUUUUUAUGUUAUUAUUUUAUUUUUCAGUUUUCUCAGAAGAACAACAAUAUUCUGGGGUUUGUAUUCAGGAACUAAAUUA